AGGCGAGGCGGGGCGGGCAGGGGCAUCCGAGCCGGUUUGACGGAAGGAGCGGCGGCGGAGGAGGAUGGAGGCGGUCGUGUUCGUCUUCUCGCUCCUCGACUGCUGCGCGCUCAUCUUCCUCUCGGUGUACUUCAUAAUUACAUUGUCUGAUUUAGAAUGUGAUUACAUUAAUGCUAGAUCAUGUUGCUCGAAAUUAAACAAGUGGGUGAUCCCGGAGCUGAUCGGCCACAGCGCUGUUACCAUGCUGAUGCUCGUUUCCCUGCACUGGUUCAUCUUCCUCCUCAAUCUGCCUGUGGCCACUUGGAAUAUCUACCGGUUCAUUAUGGUGCCAAGCGGUAACAUGGGAGUGUUCGAUCCGACAGAAAUUCACAAUCGGGGGCAGCUGAAGUCGCACAUGAAAGAAGCCAUGAUCAAGCUUGGUUUCCACUUGCUCUGUUUCUUUAUGUAUCUUUAUAGUAUGAUCUUGGCUCUGAUCAACGACUGAAGCCGGGGCCGCCGCGGCCGGAGUCCGCCUGCACGACGGAGCGCAGCGAGGGGCCUGAGACGUCUCGAGUCACCCUUAGGACAGCCACCAUAGCAGUAUAUUUUUUCCUCUUCGAACAAAAAGUAUUUUUGCUGUAUUUUUACCAUAUAAAGUAUUCAAAAAACAUGAAUUGAAUUUUGUAGAUUUCUGGUUCUCAAUGUUAGCCCGAGCCCCAGCCUGUGAAGGCGUUUGUCCUCCGUGUGUUGAAGACGGUCACGUGUGGGUGGGAACAGGACUGCCGCCCCAGCCUUGCUGGCCAGAGAGAUACAGGACACGCUUCCAAGGGACACUGAGAGAUGGGCAGAGCUGCGCGCCCCGGUGACCGCAGCGUCAGAGGGUCGGACAGCACUGUUCUUCUGGGCAGGGGAGGAAAGUAACCGCCCUCUGCCGCGUGGUGGCAGCCUCGUGCACUCCGUGUGACUUAAAGAUUUCAUGGGACUGUCGGCCAAAAGUCUUUUCACGAGAAUGUUAACGGAAGAUGACAUCUCAAAAAUUACAUAUUUCUUUACAGAAUUUGUGAAACGUUAUAAGCCAUUUGCUGAGGUAUAAUGUCAUUUCUGCUUACAGGAAGGAAAAUAAACAAGAAAAAUGGAAUCAAGAGCUUUCAUUUAAAAGCCACUGUGCCCCCACAGACACCCCCAAACCCAUACAACCCCACCUGCCCUUGCCAGGUCUUGUGUCUGUCUGCAUGCUGAUUGAACCCAUUGUUUUUGCUCUGAUCUGCUUGUUAGUGGUUCGGAGAGGUGACUGGGUAGAAGAUGCUCAUCAGAUUAGGAGCAGGAGGUAGGCAUGGCCAGCCACUCCGCAACAGCCUCAGGCAUUCGUGCCGGGUUACCUGUGUGCUGCCCAGCUGCACUGACCACCUGGAAGUGGGAGGCCCAGCACUCGCCGUAGACGUAGCAGUGUCCAGCCGGACUCGGUGCCCAGGAGCUGCGGGGGAGACUGGCAGCUGAUGGGAGGAGCAGUCGGCCUCCUUGGCUCUGGUUGCUGGGUACAGUGAGCCUGGCAGUGAAUUCUCAGCCCUCGUCUGUGAUUUCAUGUUGCUGUCUUAAGUGCUGGCAUUUAGGCAAAACAUGAUUGUGUUUUAUGGCAGAGUCCAAAGGGGUUAUUCAGUGUGUCGAGGCAGAAUUGGGUGUCUAAACAAGGUAUAUGGUUGCCAAAAGGUCACGUGUUGCAUGUUCUUUCGACCCUGGACUAGGCUAGCCUUGGCAGAAGCCAGGGCACCAGCCAACUCCCCGUGCAGACGGGCCCACGGUUCAAGGGUGGACGCGUGUGCUCUGGGCCUUCUCGAAAGGAGCAGGGGCACGGUGGGCGCCGUAAGCUCGGUUCCGUUGGCUGCUUGGGGUCUCAGAAAUUGCUCCUUGUGGUUAUCCUGUAUUUCUGCCAGGGAAAGAGCCAAGAAGCUGUAACAUAGGAGUUAUUUGCUCGCCUCUCUUAGUUACCUUUUCCUUCGGAGGCACUGUUUUUUUUUUUUUUUUUUUUUUAAAGAAAACAGUCUCUUCACUCUACGUUUCUCCCUAACUUCCAGUGCCCCCUAGCGUUCUGCUCAAGCCGUUAAAGCAGUAGAAGCUGUUGGAAAACUGAAAUCCUCAGAACUGAGAGACAAACUACUUCAGGAAGCUCAGAGGUGGUGGAGGGCUGUUGACCAAAAUGCUUUAUCUUCUCACCCAAGUUUUCUGAGUGACGAGACUCAGACCUGUGCAGCUGGGGUAUCUGGCAGUCCGUUCCCACGCCGCCGGGCUGGCGCUGCCCGUCGGGCCGGCUCCUGGUUCUCGACAAAGAAGCACGAGCUUCCCUUCAAACAAACCCCCGUGCUUGUGUUGCUGGUCUGCAGCAGAGCCAGGAAAGGGGGAGAACUGUAGUUUAUUUUACUUUUAAGUGCCUCUCUACAAAUGAUGUAAAGGGGGGAAAGCACUGACUUUAAAAGCUGUGGUUAAGAUGUGAAGAUUUAUUGUCUAUGCUUUCCAUUGAUAGGAGAGUUACAGUUACUGGUAUGAAGGUAACCUCUCCCGCUGACUGCAUGCUCCCGGAGGGCAGAGUUCACUCUCCCUCCCGCCUCGUAGUGCCCCGGCCCCUAACACAGUGCCCUGCGCCCAGAAACACAAGUGAUGUCCUGUAGGUCGGAGAAGCAGUGGAGCAACACAGGCCAACACACUGUCCUUGUCGUCAAGGCACUCAGUGGAAUGUUCUAGGUCGUGCCAGCCUAGCAACAGAGGCUGCGAGACUUGGUGCACUGGAGAUGUGACAUCAGCUUUCUUCUCAAGUAGCAUUUUGUCAGAAGCAAUAGCAGUGAGAUCACGGGUACUGGGUGUAAUUAAUUGACCCCCAAGUGUACGUCACCUUGUUCUAAUAUGUAGAAACAGACCGCAAGGUAGAGAAGGUCAACUUGAAAUUCUGUGCGUACCGUCCAGGUUUCUGCCACCCAAGUUUAGGUACUCUAAACCAACUACCCUGUUUAGUUUCGCAGCGUAACAAAGACUGGAACACUCUCGUGCAACUUCCCUCAACAAGGCUGUUCAAGGAAUGGGCUGUUUUGGCUGUGGUUAGUAGGUGACGCCUUUUGGCUUGAAGCCACACUUUGUGCAAGUGGUGGAGGACAGCGCCCAGAUUGUUUUGCUUUCGUUCAACACGUGCAGUCCAGUGACGCAGGGUCCUUCAGGGCACUGGGACCUGCGGCGAGCACGGGAAGGUCCCGCGGGAGCACAGGGUUAGCGGAACUCUCCACCGAGCUGGCUGGCUUGCUGCUGAGCUCAGGUUGCCCUUCAGAAGACCUUCCUGGGCAGACCUCACUUUCCGUGGUUUCCCUCUGAAGCUGGGUGAGGAGGAGUGAGAGGGUGGUGGUCAGAUCAGUGAGCCGAGGGCUCCGAGGCUUGACAGCCGCUUCCUCUGCUGCUGAUGGGGUUUGCUGCAGCCGCUCUGGAGCACCCUUGGGUUCGUCUGUGCGCCUCCCCAGGCAGCCCCGGAACCUCAACCUCGUCCAAGGUGAGUCAGCCUAACCCUCACCUCCACUCCUGUUCUCUGACGCGGCACCUGCGUGUGAGACCCCGAGGGGCGCAGUGACAGCAGUGACAGUUACGUGUGGCACUGCUCACUGCACUCCAUUCCCUCGCUGAGGCAGCACCUGACACUGCACAAGGGACCCCAGCUGCGUCAGUGUGACAGUCAGAGAAGCCACUAACCCCUCCCAUCAACCAGGCAACGAAACCCGGGCAGCCCGUUUCCCGCACCAGCCGUAAGCACGUGCCGGGUAUUUUGUUAGCCUGCGGUCAGAACGCUGCUCCAUAGCCCCAGCUCAAAGUAAGUGCACCAGUCAAGUCUGGAGAAGAGCCUAAACCACAACACUCAAGAUGCUUCGAAGUAGUGUUAGGAUGAUGGAAUCAUUUUGUUUGUUGAAUCUUAACAGUUCUACGUUUUUCUGGAAAAAAAAUCCAAGUAGAAGUCACUAAUGAUGUAACCCAAACUGUCACCUUUUCCACAGUGGAAGGGAACUGUUUUAAAACACUGCUCUCUACUCUGGGAUUUGUUAGGGUCGGGAAAUGUUUACUCCUGGUGCUGGGAGCUGGUACGAAACCUUAAGUGCAGGUGAGCAGCCUGAGUCAGCUAAGUCUUCAGCGCGCAGCUCGAUUUCAAGCAAACUGGGGGAAGAACUCCCUUGACCAGAGGACGUGGCAACCGAGUCUCCAAGCAGCGAGCAGCCAGAGCGGCCACCAGUGGAAGGGCUGCCGGUGCCGCCGGGGCGGGUCUGCGGGCUCCCAGGACUCGCCUGCCCGCGCGGAGUUUUCACCCUCGAACCUCCUGUGCUGCACAGAGCCCCACUCUUCGUGAAAACCUUCAAGCCCACUUCUGUAACAGUUCACCCCACGGGGCAGUUAGUCCCCGCCUCCCCAUAAAUACGAAGGUGCUAUAGGUUUGUAAACGAUGGAGAUCUUUAAAGAAUGAUAUGAUUAUUAUACAAAUUUGAAUUUCAAACUGGAAAUAUAUUUUUCUCUACUAGCCAAAGUAUCUGCUGCCUAAAUGCAUAAUUUCAGAUGUGGUAUUGUUUUUGAACAGAAAGGGGUGUGUGAUUCCGUUGAAAAGUAAAUUUUUCUAAAUUAAUCCAUGGCUUCUUGUAAUAGCUCUUCAAAAAGAUAUCCCAACAGAUAAAGCAGUGCUUCCUUAGGCACCACUUAAACACUCUGGGUGUCAAAGUCAAGCUCAGCAAAUUGGUGGUGUCAGGUCAAAAGAGAAAGUACUACUCACGCACACAGAUUAACGGAUACUACAAGACUUAACACGGCCACCAGGACUUAUCCAUUCUGUUUAUUGGGUUGGAAGGGAAUACAAACGAUUGGUUAAGUGCUACGCACCGACAUGGAAAGGUGUAUUAAAAAAAAAAAAAUCCCAGUAAAGCAAAUCAAAGUUAAUGUAGCUUCAAUUGAACAAAAUUUUAAAGAUGUUUAAUAUACUACACAUUUAUAAAAUAAAAGUUAACAAAGAGUGUUUUGUAAAUAAUUAGUAGAACAAGUGAAAAUAAAUACCAGAGACCUGAAGAUUUUUAUGCUUUAAUGAAAUAAUAAAGCAAAGAAAUUUAAACUACUAAAUAUAAUCUGAGAGGCAGUUAAAAAAACAAAAACAAAAACCAAAAUCCCCCAAUUUAAGAACACAGUCCUUUGAAACACUGAAUCAGUCCGUAGCAAGUAGUUAUUACAUACCAGAAGCUCUAAUGUUAACUAGUUCCACCACAACGCCAUGUAAAUCUCGACAAUUUAGACAUCUUGAGAUCGACACUCAAGUCCUCAUCUGGAUCUCUACAGCUUGGUUUGUAAGGACGUGCAUGCUCGGGUGGGCCUGCUCCCCUCGCCACACACACACACACCUUUUCAAGGAGCCAACGCUUUUUUCCCUCUGUGCCUAAAAAUGUUACGCUUCGGUUUUAGCACUUUGACCCUGAUAAUGAAAAUGUUUCCGUUAAAGAUGGGGGUGCACUUUUUAAUCUUAUAAAAAUAGACCAGUAUUAACCAAACCUUAAAUUCAGAGAGGGCACUUCACACGUGCACGAGACUUGUAGUAAAACGGACCAGAGCCCGGAACGGCUGUUCCCAGGCCUCUAUCAUGAUUAAGUACUCUCUCUUCCACACAGACAUACAACACACACACACACAUCUUUUUAUACUAUUAGUUUCGUUAGAUCCAGGCUAUCUGGAUUAAGUAGAUAGGGGAUGUUUUUACAGCUUUUGUUUUUACACUGUAGGGCAGCUACUAUAACAAUAGCUUAACAACACUGAAAAAUUUCAAUUAAGUUCACCCUGUUUUUAGAAAGUGUCUAAGUGUAAAUGAAACUCACCUCUUCUUUUAAAUUAGCAGCCUACGUUAAAUGAGACGUGGUGGAGUGGAAGUGCUAUCUUGGAGAGCAAGUCCCAAGAGAGAGCUGCGAAGGUCUAAAUGAGAAACUCAAGUAAAGCUAAAUCCAGGUAUUGAUGUAUGUCAGAGAUGGGACAAAAAGGAUAUUAAGAAAAACGUCUUCUUCCCUCCCCAUCUCAAAGCAGCCAUCUUCUGCUGUGGGGGAAACUGACAUGGGCCUGUGCCUUUCAAGGGGCACCAUGGGGUUACCCAGGUGAGCGGGAGCCAGGGCCCU